AUGAGGAAGACGAGGGUGUCGGUGAUGUAGCUGGUAGCAGGUGCUGCAGCCUGGUGCCGCAUUGCUUGCUCGGCCUCCUCCGUGGGGGAGAAGGCCCUGCGGAAAAAGAAGACGAAGACGAAGAGCGUCGGUGAGGUGACGGAAUAUCACCACCGGGCCCCCGCCGAGAUGACUCACCUGCAGGCCGGCUUGUCGGCGGCCACCCUGGAGAAGGCCAAAGCGGAACUGAAGGAAAACCCGGAGACGCUCCACCAGGACAUCCAGGAGGUGCGCGACAUGAUCAUCACCCGGCCGGACAUCGGCUUCCUGCGCACCGACGACGCCUUCAUCCUCAGGUUCCUGCGGGCCCGGAAGUUUAACCACUUUGAGGCCUUCAGAUUGCUGGCCCAGUACUUUGAGUACAGACAGCAGAACCUGGACAUGUUCAAGAACCUGAAGGCCACCGACCCCGGAAUCAAGCAGGCGCUCAAGGACGGGUUCCCCGGCGUGCUGGCCAACCUGGACCGGCACGGGAGGAAAAUCUUGCUCCUCUUUGCCGCCAACUGGGACCAGAGCAGGUACAUGUUUGUGGACAUCCUGAGGUCCAUCCUGCUGUCCCUGGAGUCCAUGAUCGAGGACGCCGAGCUGCAGGUGAACGGCUUCAUCCUGGUCAUCGACUGGAGCAACUUCACCUUCAAGCAAGCCUCCAAGCUCACGCCCAGCAUGCUCAGGCUCGCCAUCGAGGGCCUGCAGGACAGUUUUCCCGCCCGCUUCGGAGGAAUCCACUUUGUCAACCAGCCCUGGUACAUCCACGCCCUCUACACCGUCAUCAGGCCCUUCCUUAAGGACAAGACCAGGAAGCGGAUCUUCAUGCACGGCAACAACCUGACCAGCCUCCACCAGCUGCUGCAUCCGGAGAUCCUGCCGUCAGAGCUGGGCGGGAUGAUGCCGCCGUACGACAUGGGCACCUGGGCCAGGGCCCUGCUGGAGCACGCCUACGACGAGGACGCCGAACCGGACGCGGGACCCGACGGAGGACCGGAGGCCUACGCCGUCUCUGUGCAGGACCUGCACAGAGAUCUGGACAAAGACCUCUCGCCAAAGAACAUGAAGAGGUCCCAGUCGGUGGUGGAGCCCGGCGUCCUCAAGCGACCUGACAAGGCCAAAUGCGACGAGGACAACAUGCAGCCGCUGCUCUCGCUGGACUGAAAACAAACAAACAAACAAAAAAUCCCUCGGAACCUUCCGGAAACCACCUUUUGCGAGCGUCUCUGUGCGGAAUGCCUCAGAGAGAUUUCUUCCACUACCGACUUCCUGCCGGACUUCCGCGUUUCCCUCGUCAAGUGCCAAGUCCGCAAAAGUCCGACUUGGACUUCCGAGUGAUUGUCUUGGAACGAUUUCCGCACGGGAGCGACGGGACAAACGGAGAUUUGGACGCGAGCUUUUCUGACAGCUUUCAACCGAGGAGGAGCAAGAUGGCCGUCGAGACGGACCGGCAGGCAAACUUCCCUUUAUGGAAAAAAAAAAAAAAAAAAAAAAACAACCAAUAUUUUCAUUUGCUUCUGCACAAUAUCCGGCAUAACAUCAACCUCCAUUUUGAUUUUUGAUGAGACCAACCUCAAGCGGACGUCCCGUGACCCGUCAUCCGUGUUCGUAUCCCGCCAUAAUGACUCCUAAACAUAUGCAUAUUAACUACUAAUCCAUUAUCAACAAAAGUAUUACUAAUAGUAACAAUUAUCCAUUAGACUAAAAGUCCUUUUUCUUAAGCAUUAGCACUGCUGUGAUGCUAAUUGAAACUAAAAUAUAGAAGAUACUUCCUGUACCUUAGAAGCAUUUUAUCUGUGAUUUCUUUCUUGUUUUAAUCCAGUCCACAAUGCUCGCGUCCCUACCGUGGCACGCGCUAGCUAUUCAAAAGCUUAGCUAGCUAUGCGAAAAAGUCCAAAUGGCAUAUAAAUGCGAAAUUUUGAAUAAACAAAGACAAAAUGUUGCACGUACAUACUCGUGAUAUUGUGUCGUUUUAAUGCAGAUUAAAGCACUACGCAGACAUCCCACAAAAAAGGAUGCAAACGUAGCCCAGCGAAAAAGUCUAAAUAGCAUCUACAUGUACAUUUCUGAAAAAACAUAGCUAGAAUCUAGUAUACACUGCUCGUAGUUCAUGAUUAUCCAUCGACCCAUUUAUUUGUGAUGACUUUAUCAAAAUCCUGCUGAAAUUAGAGGGAAAUUGCAAAACGACCCAAUCUAAACUAAACCAAUCCUCAAAUGCUAUUCUACGUUCCAAUGCUAGCGAUAGCUAAACGGG